CUGCCGCCGCCGCUCACUUCAGCUUCUGUCGCAGCCUCCUGGAGCACACGGUCUCAGCUGAAAACAUCAGCUACCGUCUGCAUAGGAACCCGGGCAGCAGCCUCACCUGGCACGAUGGCCGGAGCCAGCGGACCGACGGUGGCCGGACCGUCAAGCUCCUGCGGCAACCGGGCACCGAGUGCUCACAGGGCCAUGCCUGUGACCACUAUGGAAUCUACCACACCAGCCCCACGCUGGGCAGCCUGGCCAAGCCAGUGGUGCUCUGGACCCAGCAGGAUGUGUGCAAAUGGCUGAAGAAGCACUGCCCACACAACUAUCUCGUCUACGUCGAGGCGUUUUCCCAUCACGCCAUCACAGGUAGGUCGGGAGCGCUGCUGCGGCUCAACGGGGAGAAGCUGCAGCGCAUGGGCAUCGCUCUCGAGGCGCAGCGGCAGGAGGUCCUGCAGCAGGUCCUGCAGCUCCAGGUGCGCGAGGAGGUCCGAAACCUGCAGCUCCUCAGCCAAGAUUGCAUCAACACUGUGAACCGACCACCUCUGGGAUGGGCUGUGCACCGCCGAUACGAGACCUGA